AUGAGCAGAAAGUCGGGGCGCAGAGCUAGCCUGGCUGAUGAAGACCACGCGCUCGACCUUAGCGAGAACGACGACGAUGCGGAGAAGCAGGAGCUCAGGCGGCAAAAAAACCGCGAGGCCGCCCGCCGCGUGCGCGAGCGGCGGCAGACCCUUGUCAAUCAGCUGCGGUCUGAGAGGGACCAGCUGCGGAAGGAGAACCAGCAGCUGAUGCAUCUCAUGAAAGAGCAGCUGGAGGAGAUCACAGUCCUGCGCGCCGCCCCCGUCCUGCGCGGCGCCUCUUUCUGCGCCGCCUCCGCCGCCGCUGCCGCGGCCGCCGCCGCCGCGGCGACCGCCCGCAGCGACGGCGGCGGCGCCGCGUGCUCCGCGCUCGGCGGCGGCCCCGGGUCGCCCGGCGGCUCGCAGGGCGCGAACGAUGCGGAGUCCGCCGGCGGCGCGCCUGCUGCCGCUGCUGCGGCUGCGGCCGCUGCCGCCGCUGCCGCUGCUGCGGCCGCCGCCGCGUCUGCGGGGUCGUGCGCGGAUGACGUUGUCGUGGUGACUCAGGACAAGGAGACGUCGCUGCCGAUUGUCACCACGAUGGGCCCCACCGGCCUCAAGCUGACGCUCCGUGACCUCAAGAAAGAGGAUGUGAUGGCCCCGGCGCAUGGGGGCCUGGGGACGCACGAUUCGGCGAUGAGCGACCCGGGGGCGCCCUGGGCCGACGAGCGCGCGCAGCAGCGCCAGCAGCGCUCCGGCGGCAAGCGCCGCGCCCCGGGCUCGCCCUGCGACGACGACUGCGUGGGCGGCGGUGCGGCGGGCGCGGACUGCGGUCGCGACGCGAGGCGCGGCGGGCUGCUGCCCUCUGUCGUGUCUGCGCCGGCGCCCGAGGCCGGCGCGCGCACGCCGCGCGGCGGCAGCCGCCUGGCCCACACCUCCUCCAUGCCCGCGCAAGAGCCGCCGCUGAAGCAGCGCGCGCUCGCGCACGCGCCCAUGCAGCCGCCGGCGCACGCGCGCCACCCGGGCGCCCACCUGCCGCCGAUCCGCACAGGCAGCAGCCUCAGCGUGGCCGCGGCGGCACUGCAGGCGCCGGGCGCGGCCACGCCGCCCGCCCAUACGACGGCCAUGGCCGCCGCACUCGUCGCGUCGUCCCCGCUGCAGGCGCCCCUAAUGGCCGCCGGCGCGCACUCGCCGCACCACCUGGCCCAGCGCCCCGCGCCGCUGAUGCACCACGGCUCCCUGCCCGCCGCGCCUCCGCUGUGCUCGCCGGCACAGUCGGCGGCCGCGUCCCUGCCCAUGAUGAUGUCAGCGCCCGCCUUCCAGGGCAGCGGCGACCACGCCGCCGCCGUCGCCGCCGCGGCCAUGCACGACCGCGCAGGCUCCGCGCUCUGCGGCGGCCCGCCGUCCGGCGCCGGGCCGCGCGGCGCGGCCGCGCUGCGGCAGCAGCAGCAGGCGCAGGCGGCGCAGCAGGCGGCGCAGCACGAGCUGCAGAUGCAGCACCUGCAGGCGCAGCAGAUGGCGGAGCACCACCAGCUGCUGGCUGCCUUGGGCAGCUACAACUUCGGCGGCGGCGGCGCCCCCAUGACUUGCGGCGGCUCCCACGCCGGCCUCGGCCCCCGCGGCGCGGGCCACGGCCACUCGCACGCGCCGUUCGCGCUCGCCGCCGGCGGCUGCGGCCCGUCGAUGGUCGCCGCGGGGGGCCCGCCGGUGCCGCUCGCCGGGGCCGGGCGCGCGCUCUCCCUGGGGCGGCUGGGCAGCCUGCUUGAUGACGACCCCGGCAGCCUCGCGCUGCUGUGGCAGGACUGA